AAGCAGGCGCGCGGUGUGACCACAACCGCUCUCGUGCUGGAGUGCGCAGGUUGAGCUUUUCAUACCAGACGCCGGUACGAUCCACCCCCACUUUGGACUUCCUUUCAUUUGACACUUCAUUCACGGACAUCCGACAAUAUUGUCAGUUUUCUUUCAGUCUCACCACGGCUACGGCGCUGACCAUGCCGCUGAAUUCAAGUAUGGAAAGUAAAAACUAUGAUUACGAUUACGAUUCAUACCAGCCCUAUUUCUAUUUUGACAACGAGGAGGAUUUCUAUAACCAACAGCACGGUCAGCCACCGGCGCCCAGUGAGGAUAUAUGGAAGAAAUUUGAAUUGCUCCCCACUCCCCCUCUCUCCCCGAGCCGGCGACCCUCGCUGUCAGACGCGUUCCCCUCCACUGCCGACAAGCUGGAGAUGGUUUCAGAAUUUCUCGGGGACGACGUGGUCAACCACAGUUUCAUUUGUGAUGCGGACUACUCUCAGUCUUUUCUCAAGUCUAUUAUCAUUCAGGAUUGCAUGUGGAGCGGUUUUUCUGCUGCAGCCAAGCUGGAGAAGGUGGUGUCUGAAAGAUUAGCAUCACUGCAGGUUGCGAGGAAGGAGUCUUCCAGGAGUGACUCAACCGACAACUGUCAGUCAAACCCAAACGUCAGCUACCUUCAGGAUAUGAACCCUCCUGCCUCGCAGUGCAUUGACCCAUCUGUAGUGUUUCCCUUUCCAUUGACUGACAGCUCAAAUCCCAGCAAUCCGUCAUCCACACCUACUUCCACAACACUGCCAUUAGAUACUCCACCAAACAGUGGUAGUAGUAGCAGCAGUGAUAGCGAUUCUGAUGAUGAUGAUGAUGACGACGAGGAAGAGGAAAUUGACGUCGUCACUGUGGAAAAGAGAAAGUCAGCGAGGAAGUCCGAUUCGAACGCAACACACCAGAGCCCUGUCGUCCUCAAGCGGUGUCAUGUUAAUAUCCACCAACAUAAUUACGCUGCCCACCCAUCCAUGCGAAAUGAGCAGCCCGCUGUCAAGAGGAUUAAAUUCGAGAGCAACAGCCGGGUGCUUAAACAAAUUAGCCACAACCGAAAAUGUGCGAGUCCCAGGACGUCAGAUUCUGAGGAUAACGAUAAGAGGAGGACUCAUAACGUGCUUGAACGGCAGCGGCGGAACGAACUCAAAUUAAGUUUCUUCGCAUUGAGGGAUGAAAUUCCUGACGUAGCCAACAACGAGAAAGCUGCCAAAGUGGUAAUACUGAAGAAGGCGACUGAGUGCAUCCUCAGCAUGCAAGAAGAUGAACAAAAACUAAUCUCAUUGAAGGAGCAAUUAAAGCGAAAAUGUGAACUUUUAAAACGGAGACUUGAGCAGAUAAGCAGUUCUUGAGUUGCUUGGACAUUAUUUAUGGACUGAACUUCUUUUUAGCAUUUCAAUGAGCGUUGUAUGGUUUUUGUGUUGCCCCAAGUCGAUGCAAAUGUUUCGAAGGUGUGGCUAGCACCUGAACCUUGCAGCAAUCUGACAUUGAUUUAUACAAUUACACUGCCUCAAUUGAACAUUAAGGAUGUUAGAUUGUUUGUAUUUUAUUUUUUAGCAAUGAACUGGUCUGCAGUUCAACAUACUGUUGGCCUUAACUUAAUAUUUGUUUAUGUGAGUUUUGUACAUAUUGCACAUAUGUAUUCUAGAUGCUGUUGAUUUCUGAAUCAUAA